AUGGAAACUCAAAAAAGCUCCAAGAAUGAUACAAGAGAUCGUUUACUAUCUUUGGAUAGGAUCAAAAGUAGUGAGCCUGUGACACGAUUGUUGUUGUCAGAAGAUACUUCUUAUCAAUAUCUGGAGGACACCUUGAGGCAAAUUUUUGCCAUUGCAUUUGAUACCAGCAAGGAUUCUCUAAGCGACACAGAUAAGCAUGGGUUAAUUAAGCUCUGUCUUCGACCUUCGGGCAAAAUAACACCUAGAAUAUUUUUAAGGAUUAUCAGUAAACUUGGACCUCUACAAUUUAGGAUUUGCAAGGACAAGUUAUUUACUGGGAAUAAACUACCUCUAGCGUUGCAGCUUGAUAUUGCUGAGUGGAUGUCCGACGAAUUUGAACGUUUCCCCGAAAACAUACUUAAGUUCAGUAAAAUAGCAUUACCGAUUCUUGAAAAGCUUCUGUCAUUUAAGCAUUUACAAGGUCCAAUGGACCGAGCAAUUAGCCUGAUCCUUAAUCACGAAAAGAGUCAACUGCAAGGAAUACAACCUUUAAAAAGGAAACUGCUAAAUUCCGGAAAACCGUACACUUUUGAAUAUUUGCUGAAUGCCAUGACAUGCAAUUUUCAGGUCAAUGAAGAUAAUCUCAAUAAGAAAAGAAAAAUUGUAUGUUCGAACCUGCCAAAUGGCGAUACCUUUAGUCUUGAAGACUUUUUUUCCAAUGACAUGAUACCCGCGAGUCUGUAUAGGAAGUUGACAGCUCUUUUCAUUACAAAUGAACAGGAUCGUCAUCUUUUUGAGCAGCAUGUUAGAAACCUUUUUGAAGAUCUUUUAAAAGACGAGAGAGAGCUACCCCCGUCAAUAGAAGAAAAGUUGAUAAGCAUUUUCGCAUAUAGCAGUGGAGCAAUUUCCUUUCCUCACAUAAGAAAACUAAUUGCAACUGUCGACUCAGAUGAGAGCAUUUGGGCAAGGAAACUACCGUAUCGCUGUAAAUUGUUCAAAUUUCUCAAUAUCAAAGAGGUAGAAUUCACUAAUAUGCUCCAAUCCGACUGUGAGCAUUUGAUAAAUACUUUUCUUAGAAAUCCAGAUGUUGGACUGAAGACUUGUGACUUAUAUGUGGACAGUAUUUUGCCACUUAUGAUUGCGUCAACGACCAACGAGCCUACUAGUCGUGUGGAAAACAGCUUAAUUCCUACUAUUUUGGAAUUGAUUCAAUUCUGCAGUAGUAAGCUGAAACUAAUUUUGACCUCAAGAGUGCUCAUGCUUGUUCAAAGAUAUCGAGAUCUAAACAUGUUUAAUGAAGAAAACAUUGCUAUUCCUUUGCCGAGGUCGUUGGCGUACUCCUAUUUAUUCCUGUGCGAUAUUAACCAUUUGGAUGCCGUGUGUGCAAAUUUCUCUUCAAAUAAACGGUUAAACUUUGAGAGUGAUGCAUUAAAAGCAGUUCAAAAUUCCUAUAUCAUGGAUACGAUAAACCUGUUAUGGAGAAACAAAUUUUUUGGUUAUGAUUCCAAAAUGAAUUCUGCACAGAGGGCGUUCUUUCUAUUUCCAUUAUUGCCUAAACUUCAAGACACAAGCUUCUCGGAAAGGUGCUUAACACUCAAAAACUGCGGAGCUUUAUUUGUUAACCCGGCAUCUGCAUUUAUCGCAAUAAAAAUCCUUCGCACCUUGGAAGAUAGGAAGGAGUCUUUAAGUGUACGGCAUGAGGGACCAGUAACCGAAGAGAGUAUCAAUGCUAUUCAACAAAAUCCUACUAAUUGCUGGCUUACUAUAACUGCAAACGAAAUCAAGGUGCUGGUACUUCGAGACCUCGACAGCAGAAACUUCAAAGGGAUUUGCGAUCUUGUAUUCAAUUCGCUCAAAUCUUUAUCAGGGAAAAGAAAAAGUGUUGUAUAA